AAAAAAAGUGAAAACGAAAAUUGUGAAUUGAAUUGAAAAUGAAUUGAAAAAUGUUUAAAAUAAAAAGUGCAAAAUACUAAAUAAAGAAAAAAGAAUUAAAAAUUUCAAGUUUACAUAAGAAAAUUUUAAACAAAAUACGAAAAAAAUAAAGAAAAAUACUUUAAAAUCUUGUUUAAAGAAAAAACCUUAAAAGAAAAAAGUGUUAUUUAACUUAAAAGCAACAAAAUGAUGAUGAACGCUUUCAUUGACCCCACCACCACCAGUCAGCAUCAUUUGGCUAAUUAUGGCAUACGCAUGUCGCCCAACAACAUCAAUCAACAAAGUGAAUUGGUGGCUGCCCAGCAGCAACAACAACAGCAGUUGCAUCAACAGCAACAACAAACAGGCCAAGAGGACACACAACAACAGAGCCAGCAACAAUUGGAUACCAAUGGUUUAAUGUCCUCUGCCAUGUCAUCGGGCAUAUCCUCCGACAUGUCUUCCCCCACCUCGGCCUAUCAGAACAGUGGCUAUGCACCUUUUAACACACAAUUGGGAACAUAUUCCUCACGGGAUUUCCUUUUGGGCCGCCGCACUGAACAGGAUUAUAUGUCAGCUUCCACGGCAGCCGCUCAAACUGUAGGACAAUCGCCAGCUGACUCCAUGCUAUUCCCCACCUUCCCUGCCACUCAUGCCAAUCACCCCGAUCUAACCAGCUCCUUUGGCAACCAUCCCUUCCACUCCCACCAUCAUGCCGCCGCCGCCCACCAUCAUCACUCGCAUCAAAUGCGUAUGGGCAUGACGGAUUACGCCACACAUCCCUAUGCUCAUGCGCAACAUCAUACCAACUUCCCGUCGGUACAUGCGGCCCAUCAUGCUCAACACAUGGGCAUGCAUCCCGCCGGUGCUGGAGCUUUUCUACGCUAUAUGCGCCAUCAGCCAGCCACUGCUGCCUCGGCCAUCAAGCAAGAAAUGCAAUGUCUUUGGAUAGAUCCCGACCAACCCGGCGGUCCCAACAAUCGCAAAACUUGCAACAAAAUCUUUCACUCCAUGCACGAAAUCGUCACACAUUUAACGGUGGAACAUGUUGGCGGACCGGAGUGCACCACACACAUCUGCUAUUGGAUUGGGUGUUCACGCAAUGGCCGUCCCUUCAAGGCCAAAUACAAGUUGGUCAAUCAUAUACGUGUGCACACCGGCGAGAAACCAUUUGCCUGUCCUCAUCCCGGAUGUGGCAAAGUUUUUGCCCGCAGUGAAAAUCUAAAAAUCCACAAGAGAACUCAUACAGGAGAAAAACCUUUCAAAUGUGAACAUGAGGGCUGUGAUCGUCGCUUUGCUAACUCCUCGGAUCGCAAGAAACAUUCGCAUGUUCAUACCUCGGAUAAACCUUACAACUGUCGUAUUAAUGGCUGUGAUAAAUCCUAUACUCAUCCCUCAUCUUUGCGUAAACAUAUGAAGGUGCAUGGCAACAUUGAAGAAAAGUCACCUUCUCAUGGUUAUGAAAGCGAGGGCGAAGAGUCCUCCUCCUCGAGUAUUGUAACAGGUGGUGCCCAAACACCUCCCUCAGCCCGCUUAACAAGUGAUAAUACCUCGGCCAAUGGCAGCAUGAAUAAAUCCUCUCCCCACUCGAUCAAGUCCGAACCGAAUGCCAACUCCACCAUGCAUAGUGUACACUUGGGAGCCUCGUCCAGUGGCAGCAGUAGUACGGCCAGUAGUGGUCAUCAUACCCAGCAGCACAAUGUCACCAGCCAUAAUCACCAACAACAACAACAGCAGCAGCAACAACAAUCGUUAAGUGGUUUGCACAGUCAUCAUCAACAUCACCAGCAUCAACAUAAUCCACACAAUCCACAUCAACAGAAUCCCGCUAAAUCGCCGGCUUUGCAAUUAAUGGCCACGUCUGCCUAUUUGCCACCACCCUUGGGACCACCACCUUCGCUGACAGCUGCUGGCUCUCAUCAUCAUGCGCAUCAUCAUCACCAGGGCAUGACAGCGGCAGCAGCAGCUUCUUCGGCCAGUGCUAGUAAUCCAGCCUCCAUGCUGGUUGCCGGCCAUCAUCAUCCCAACCAUCAUUUGUUGUAUCAUCCUGCCGCCCAACAUCAUGCUCCCACAGAUUGGUAUCAUACCGCAGCCCCAGCCGCUGGGGCCGAUGCCAUGAAUCCUUUGAAUCAUUUUGGUCAUCAUCAUCACCAUCAUCAUUUAAUGCAUCCCGGUGCUGCUACCGCUUAUUAAGUAUAGCUUAGGCCAAUUUAUUGUUGAAUUACUAUUAAAUUUUUGUAGGAAAAUUAAAAUUUUCGUUAAAAAAAAUACCACAAAACCAUACAAAAAAAAUCUCUAGAUUUUAUAAACAAAUUACUUCUACUACUGUGUGCUUAAAUGUUACAAAAUCUCUUUAUCAUUAAAACUCACUCUCCUAGUGUCUCAGAGAUACUUUUACUGCUCUCAUUUACUUUACCUUCCCCACUCAUUGCUUUGUUUUCCUAGAAACACCUAAACUCGAAAAAAUGAAAUCGUUUCCUAUUAAGUUUAAUUGUAAAUUAAAGCCAAAUAUUUCCUUAAAAAAAAUAUAUAAAAAAGAAAAAUCCUCACAAAUCAUUUAAUAAAAAAAAUUAAAUUUAUUAUUAAUUAAAAAUCAUAAAAAAAUAUUAUGAAAAAAAACCUUAAUUAAAUACCUGAAAAUAAAAUUUAAAAAAAAUAAUUGAUAAUUUU